CCUCAACUGUUUCUGUUAUUUUGCAGCUAUGUGGCAGAGAAGGAAAAAGAAAGUAUACAGUAUGUGUGCAUGCUGACCAGCUCUCUAAAGACUCUAAAGCUCUGCAAAGUUCUGGAAGUGCAGCAAACACAAGACAUUACAGGGCUGCUGGUCAUUUGUGAUUCCACAAAAGGCUUUUUACCUAAACUUUGGCAUCUGCUCAAAGAGGCUGGUGAGGGCAUGGCCAAAGCACUCUGCCAUAACCUUGAGUUGGUUCUCAGCAAACUCCCCAGACAGGUCCUUUAUCUGACCUUGGACUUCUACACCAACUUCUUCACAUCAAUGUGUGCAGCAGGAAGUCCAUCAAAAAAUGCAGCUAUGGUCACUUUUGCUGUGGAGAGAUUGAGCUACUGUGGAGAAGAAUUUUCAUAAACGUUACUAGGUGCUGAGUAGGCAGAUUCCUUGAGCAACUUUAACAGAAAAUGGAGGGCAUUAUCAAACAUGAUAUCAA